AUGCUGUCCGACGCGCCAGGUGGGCCCAGUGCACGGAUCGAUCCUGAUCCGACUAGUUCGCCUGGAUCUUUUGUGGCACCCUCAUCUACCACAGAGGAUCUAGCGGGCGCGGGCAGCUCUGCCUCCUUGGGAUCGGCUGGAUCAGGUGGAUCUGCUGAUCCUGUUGCACAACAGGACGCUGGAUCUUCUGCGCAUACACCUGCUACACCGCCCCGUACACGUCUCCAAACAGGAAAACCACACACUGUCAAUGAGACCCUUGCUGAUCCCAUAUGGAAAAAGGCUAUGGAUGAAGAAGUUCAUGCUCUUCACAAAAACAAUACUUGGCAUCUGAUUCCUUCACAUCCAGGUAAAAGUAUGAUUGACUGCAAGUGGGUGUUCGGAGUAAAAAGAAGGUCUGAUGGUACCAUAGAGCGUUACAAGGCCAGACUUUUUGCAAAAGGGUUCAAGCAGAGAGAAUAUGCAACUGAUUUAUUGAGUAAGGCUGGUCUACAGGGGUGUAAACCAUCAUCAACACCAUUGUCUAGUUCAGAAAAACUCUCUCUUGUAGAGGGUCAACCCUUGAAUCAAGAGGAUGGCACCAGGUACAGAAGUCUAGUAGGUGCACUUCAGUAUUUGACACUCAGCAGGCCUGAUAUUUCCUUUGCAUCCGAGAAGGCUUCAUGGAAUUAUGCUGGUAUUUUUAAGCUUUCCAACAUAAAGGGCAAGAAACGGGAACCAAUACCAUCUUCAGCUCUUGAUGGUGAUGAUGAUAUGGAUAGUGACAGCAGCAGCGACGAAGAUGAUGAAGAAAUCAAUGAAGAUGCAGAGUCCAUUUUGCAUUUACAAAAGGUGGCUCACGAGGGGUCGAUAAACCGAAUACGCUCAAUGAAUCAAAAGCCGGAAAUAUGUGCUACAUGGGGAGACACAGGUCAUGUUCAGGUGUGGGACUUCAGCUCCUUCAUUGCUUCAUUAGAAGACCCAGGAACAGUUACACAUAAAGAUAACGGCAUUAUCCACAAUCAUGUACCUCUAAAAGUAUUUAGCGGCCACAAAGAUGAAGGCUAUGCUAUUGAUUGGAGUCCAAAUGUUACUGGAAGACUAGUUUCUGGCGAUUGCAAUAAGUGCAUUCACCUUUGGGAGCCGACUUCAAGCGAUUGGAGUGUAGACGCCAAGCCAUUUGUUGGACACUCUGCAAGCGUUGAAGAUCUGCAGUGGAAUCCCACAGAAGAAAAUAUGUUUGCCUCUUGUUCCGUGGAUGGGACGAUAGCUAUAUGGGAUAUACGUAUAGGGAGGAACCCUUGUUAUGCUCCUGUUAAGGUUCACAAUUCUGACGUGAAUGUGAUCUCAUGGAAUUCGCUUGCAGGUUCUCUUAUAGCAUCAGGUUGUGAUGAUGGCAGUAUCUCAGUCCAUGAUAUUAGAGCAAUCGAGAGCGGCGAGCCUGGUAAGUCCAUGGUAGCACAUUUUGCGUACCACAAGCACCCGAUUACGUCUGUGGAAUGGAGUCCAUAUGAAGCAUCAACUUUGGCCGUAUCAUCUGCCGACAAUCAACUGACGAUUUGGGAUCUUUCGUUGGAAAGGGACGCAGAAGAGGAGGCCGAAUUCAAAGCCAAGAUGAAAGAACAAGCAAAUGCACCCCGAGAUUUGCCCCCACAACUUCUCUUUGUUCAUCAGGGCCAGAAAGAUUUGAAGGAAUUGCACUGGCAUCCACAGAUACCUGGGAUGAUCAUAUCCACAGCAGCCGAUGGCUUCAACGUGUUGAUGCCUAGCAACAUUGACGCAACCAUUCCAUCGGCCGGGGCAUCGAUUCCUAUGCGUAUGUGA